AUGCUUUCAUCCUCCAUAUUCCUACUCUUCGCUCGGCUCGUGUCUGGAAGGGAGCGGCAAACUAUCAGGAGGGCAUAUAGAGGUGCGAGCAGUCAAUUAGGUGAUGAGAGCCAAACUAGGCCGAAUGCGAUGAGAUGUAACUCCUCAAAAGGAAACGAGUGUGAGUCCAUGACCCACAUUCACCCUGACGCGGGGUCACGUGUCACACAAACUACUCAGCGAUUAAAAAUUGGUUCUACUGAGCUGAGCCAUGGGAGGAUUUUACUUACCCUCGGAGCCAGGGAUCCAGUUCGAGAGGUCGAUAUCUGUAAGCCUCAGGUACCGGUAUGGUGGGAGCGCAACGGCGUGAGGGGCAGCUUAGGGGUGCGGACAGCGAAAUUGAAGACCCAAAAGGAGCUCAAUGGGCUCUCAUUAGGUACUCAGUUUCGAUAUAUACAUUUCACAAAUGGACUACAUCUUUUCAACAUGGAAACGGAUUCGUCGACUUUCGAGAGCAAUAUUGAAGCACUUGAGAUUUGGGCUAUCGGGGUUAUGAGGACCUCUAUCUUUGCCAUACUAGGGCUUUGUCAGAUUGACCAUGCCUGCAGAUUUGCGAGUGGCCAAUUAGGUGGUGAGAGCCAAACUAGUCGUAUGGAGUCUCACUCGCGUUCUCUAUUGACCAGUGAUAUGAGCUCAUCUCAAUUCUUUGUCAUCACUAGCAGCAUCACUUACGGGACUGUUCUUCCAGCCCGUAUUAAGCAGAGUCGGGCUUUCGCAAUUGCACCUGACACACCAUCGGCAUGUCGGCAUCCCAGUAGCAUCCAUGAAUCCGGUGAUAGUUGCGGGCUUGUGGUACAUAUUUAUCAGGCUAUGGGGCUAAUUUGGCUCGCUACAAUCUCUUAUCCGAUAGAUAUGUUAGCGCUUAGCCUACGGUUGUUGUUAGUUUCGCUUCUAACCUUCAUUCCGGAGAGGGUAUUGCCCCGUCUAAGAGUAGUCUGUGAUAGGCUGCGCUCCCUCUCCUGGACUAGACUAUCGCUGCGUCUAAUUGAGGAAUUUUCAUGGAAUCCUUAUCACCACUGCCAUUUCCGUUCUUUUCCUGGCGCCGCUUCAUAUGUUCUCGACCUCGGGACCUUCGGUCAGACCUUCGUAGUGCUCAACGCCUCCUAUGUCGCCUUUCUCGCUUCGAUAUUCUCACAUUCCGAAGGCCUUGCCCAUCCUCAUCUUACAUUCCCCAACAUUGAUGUUACUAUAAUCAGCAAAAUUAUAGGUGGUGUAAUCAUUCAUUCUACCUCUCAUAACCUAUUUCCCCUACAGACUCAUCUUUCCAGUAAGGUUAGUUCGCAAUACUUUCGCGUUAGGUAUUUAGCUUCGGGUAACACCAACAAUAUCCUGGAUGGUGUUAAGGGCGCUUCGAAAGCCUCGGGUAAUACGCAUAAAUUUGGACGCUCUUGGGUGACUUUGACUUGGGAUACGACCUUUUGUAGUAUGAAUGAUUUUGUGAAAUUUCUUGAAAUGAAGUCGUUCCUACCUCUAAUGUACUCCUAUCUAUCGCACUUACCACAUUUGCAAGGUCUCCAAGUCGAAGUUCUGGUCUUUAGCCUCCUCCUUAAGACUCUUCCUCUCAUUCACAUUUCACUGAUCCUCGAUGUAACAUUACGCUUUUACCUCCAAUCCGAUAAUUUGCGACGGUCCCAGCAAUACUCCCCAGACCAGCUGACCGAAGACAAUGUGCGUCGCUUCGAGCAAAAUUCUCCAUACCAAAGACCCUCAUAUUACGUGUCCUGUCUUCGACACUCGAGCCCUACAUAUCCAACCUCGCUUUCUUCUCGGCAUCGUUUAUUCGCGCCAGCUUCAACGCUUGAGCGACUCUCCCACCUGAAUACCAAGAUCCACUCUUCUCGCCUCUGGGGUCUCCGGCGAACGUCUUCUCUUCCGCAGCAUCCUUACCACAGCAACGACACCCUUUCAUCGCUUUCCGUACAAGCGCCCGAGUCGGAUAAGAGCAUACCGCAGGCCCAAGCGUCACCAGGUUCGCAUAUAAACUACUUUCUCAGGCACCUCCACCGUCCUGGCUCCCCUUCGUCCUUUUCCGCCCAAGCUGGAGCUUCCGAGUCAGAUACAAGCUUGGUGCGAGCCCCAACUCCACAAUGCCCGGAAACGAACUAUAUUCUAAAGUUCCACCUUCAAUCUGGGCCAGACUCCGACCUUGACGUUGUCCGUAUUCUGUCCUGCCCAGCAAGCGCCACCUUUUACGAUCUUCACAAGGCACUACAGAUCGCCUUUGGGUGGAGAGAUUAUAAUUUGUACAAUUUCACCAUCGGAGAUCCAAUAUAUACAGGAGAUGACGCUCAGGCUCCAAUUUCUCGGAAUUGCAGGCUCCUGACGACGGACUGCAGCACAUGCAAGGAUAGCCAACCCCCGCCAAAAUGUUCGUUUCGAAUCUACGCUAGUGGGCUGCAGGAUUCUUGGUUCCAAAUGGGUUCUUCCUUCCGGGGGAAUAAUCCGAAGCUAGACACUUCAGCAGAUAUGACCCCAGGAGUCUUGCAGGUUAGUCAAGUGCCGUAUUCUUCCAUGCUACAUUUUCCUCCUCUCAAACAUACUAAUCACAUUUUGACCAAUAGUAAUGAGCAUGGAGUAUACACACUUGCACCAUACCGGCAGAUGGUGGAGGCACCACAUGACUCUCCAAGGGAUCGCGAGCUUAACAGAGGGAAUACGUUUUGUCGAGGGCAUAAAUUGCCAGGACUAGCGACUGCUUCUCUCUCAUUCGCCGAAACGUCAAAAGAAGGGUUUUUGAAAAAAGGAUGGGAGAAUGUGUGGAGUAUGGAGGGCAUCAAUGUGAGGCUGAAAGGGUCCGUUUCACCUUCUGCAAUUGAGUGCAUUGCAGCUCCGGGAUCGUUGACGAAAUCGAUCACCCUGUUUCGAUUUUGUACCGUUAAUUUCCUAGACUGUCUUUUGGCUUCUUCCUUACAUUUUCUGUGCAUGUAUUAUCAUCCGAUUUUCCUCGCAAACUUUUCUUCAAUAUACACUAUCUUCGUCCUUGCUUCCAAUCUUAAUUGCCAAGCGCAGUUCCACCCAAAUGAUUCUCUGGAUACUUAUGAGCUUCACGCGUAUAUGACGUCCUUCGUACUAGGAUAUUCGCUUACAGUCAACUUGAUUGUCGUCGUCAUCAAACCAGAAAAAGGCACUAGCAUCAGCAUCGCGGCCCUUCGACUUAAAUCACUUCAUCAAGCCCACCCCGAAUCCCCUGCCCCCACUACCCUGACCCCAGUAUCCCAAUCCCAAUCUCAAGACCGCACACCCACCAACUUCCAGCCUUUCCAGGGUACAUCACGAUCAAACCACAGACACGCGACUAGAAGAUGCCAGAUGAAGAAGCUGGCGGCGGAGGGGAAACUGGGGAAUUUGAUGCCGGAAGGUAUGUUUUCAUGGGGACACGGAACUGAGGAAAGGGGAAGGAAGUGUUGUGUUGAGGAUGGCGCGACAUACAAGAUCGGCCUAAAUCAGUUUUAUAGAUGCCAUUUCGCAUUUCUGAAUCUCAUAUCGCGUGAGUCAGCUCCCUCAAAUCCGCACUGCAUACAGCUAAUCUUGGUCCCACCCACCACAAAUAAGAAAGCUCUACCAAAUCCGCCAUCCAGAUCAAACCUCCUCUCAAAGUAA